CUAAUAACUUGUACACUCUGUGUGUGUGUGUGUGUGUGUAUAUAGAUAUAUAGAGGAGGAUGAGAUGGUGGAAGUGAUAUAGUUGCGAGAGAGAACGAGAGAAAGAGAGAGGGAGAGAGAGAACAACAAAAAAAAAAAAAAAAAUUGGAAAAAGCUGAGAGUGUGUUGUAAUGUGAGUGUGGUAUUAAUUGAAGAGAAUUAGAAAUGGUUUGUUUUUGCUUUCUGGUGGACCAAACGCGGAAGGUUCGGAAAAGCAAGCCGGCGGCAGGGACGUGCUCGAGAUGUGGUGGUGGGGCAAGCGUCGCCGACAUGAAAACCGCCACGAGGUUUUGUCAUGUUCCUUUUUACUCCAAAUCUUGGAAGGCUAUCAUCUGUACUUUCUGUGGAGCCGUUCUCAAGUCCUAUGCAUGAAUUUUUAUUUUUAUUUAAAAUUUUUUUUUGGGUUUUCUAUUAGAUCUAUCUAACCUAAUUAGGAUUUAUUGUUAUUUUUAUUUUUAUUUUUGUCUCUUUUAACUAAAGCUGCAUAGCAUAUAUGCAAGUUUUGGAAUCUUGAAAGUUUAAAAUAUAUACGAGCUUUUAUAUUCGUAAAA